AUGCAGCGCAUGCUUGAUACAUUCAAGACGACAAUCACCGCAGCCCAAGCAAUGAAGCUGUUUACGACAAGGAAGGAAGGCAAGCGCUCGUGGCCGGAGCACUACCUGUACCUAGUCGCAGUCAGCGAUGCGGCUGGUGGCGCUGAGCAGCAGGUGCUUGAUAAUAUCGUGCGGUAUGCAUCGCCCGAGCUGUCGACGAUUCUGAUGGCCAAGUACGAGACGCAUCGUGUCGACUACCUAGUGCACGCCGAAGAGCUCGCACAUUUCGCGCAGGCAAUCGAGAUGGAAGCUCGACCGGGACGCUUCUUUGGAAAGGAGGUUGUCGCCCACGUGGAUGAGUCCACACCGCGAAAGGAAACGCGUACCUGCUAUGGAUGUGGCAAGAUGGGACAUGUUAAAGCCGACUGUCGUAGCAGGAGGACUAGCGACAAGAACAGCAGCCGUCGCGGUAAGAGCGGUGGCAACAUUGUACUUGCGAUUGGCGAAGGCAUCAGCAAGAAGGGCAAGCGUCAUGCUAAGUGUAAUUUGACACUGGCAAUUAGCAAUGACAGUGACGAAGAAAGCGACGACUGGAUUCUGGACAGUGGAUCCAGUCGCCACCUCGUCAACAACGCGUCUCUACUACAAGGUGUGCGAGACUGCGAACACGAGUGCCACCUAGCCGAUGGCGAGGUUAUCAAGCUGUCGCGCGUCGGUAGCGUUGUACUGACUGUGAAAGCAGAAGGACAUGAGCGAGAUGUGACUCUGACGGAGGUCUACCUCGCACCGGAUCUAUCAAGAAAUAUCAUGUCGUACGGCAAGCUUGAGCGCAAGGGUUUUGGACUUGUCUACGACGGUACGAAGCGCACACUUGCGAGACGCAGCAAUGGAGAAGUCGUGUUCGACAUAAAAAUGGAAAACAACGUACUAUACGUUGACACAGUGGCACCGACACGCGCAGGGACACCACGCGAUGUGCUGAUGGCGAUCCUAACUCAAGAUUCGACGGAUGUAUCAGCCAUGGAUGUCCAGAUUGCCUCACUCUACCAUUUUCACCAGCGUCUGGGUCACUUGGCGUACGACACGGUCGAGCGCAUGGCAAGCGAUCCAGAGUCCGGCAUAACACUCACAGAUUGUGCGAGGCCGACGUGCAUUUCGUGCGCCCAAGGCAAGCAGACGAAGAACGCACAGUCGCGUAAGGACACGGGUGCUAACUCACCUAUUGACCGCAUUGGUGGCGUCAUCUGUUCCGACCUCAAGGGUCCGAUGACCCCCAAGGACCGGCUCGGAAACCGGUACCUCGUCAAAUUUGUGGACCAUAAGUCCAAUUACUGUCGCGUCUUCCUCGCUCCAACGAAGGACAAGGCUGCGAAGAAUUUCGAACACUUCUUGGCAUUCUUCGAGCGCCAGUUUGAGUGCCACAUCCACGUGCUAAGGACGGACGGAGGUGCCGAGUACGCGAAUGUCGACCUCUUCUGUAAGUCGACUGGUGUCGCAAGACAGGUCAGCGAGGCACGCAACCAGGCAUCGAACGGCAAAGCCGAGCGCAUGCACCGAACGGUGUUAAACAUGGCGCGGUCGAUGAUCUUUGCGAGUCGACUUCCCGUGUCAUUCUGGGGUGACGCGGUCGAAUAUGCGGCGUACAUUCUCAACCGCAGCCCGACAAGUGCGAACGCGAAGCGAGCGUCACCAUUGGAAGUGCUGACAAAGCACGCGCCUGACUUGCGAGACAUAGUAGCAUUUGGCUCUGUUUGCUCUGUCUACCGCGAUCCACGCAAGAACUCUCUGGCAAGGCGAUCGCAAGUCGGCAUCAUCAUCGGACGCAGCGAUGAAACCAAGGGCUACAGAGUGUUCCUUCAGAAGGAAUACAAGGUUACAGUCACGCAGCACGUGAAGGAUAUUGAGACGCUCAGCGAGGCACAGAACAAUCAGUUACAGAGGGCGCUCGACUACGAGGAUCAAGCAGGUGCGACAUCAACAGAAACAGCGACGGCGACCCUGAUGUCGGCAGACCCAGCUCCGACAUUGAAGAUACGCAGAGGGAAGAAAAAUUCGAAGUCAUGGACGCGUGCAGCACACAGGACGCGCAGCGCGGCGAAGCGUUCGCAGGCAUCUCGGGUUCAGGAGGAGCCAUCACGAGACGAAAGUGUGGUGGCUCACGUAUUUGAGCGAGACCCCAACAAUUAUGGUGAAGCGAUACGCAGCAGCAAACGCGAAGGCUGGGAGAAAGCUAUGCGUGAAGAGCUCGAAGCGCUCGAAGACAACGGCGUGUGGCGCUUGAUCAAGCGGCCAUCCGGGAGCAACACACUACACACCAAGUGGGUAUUCAAGACGAAGACCGACGCGCACGGCGACCUCGAGCGACUCAAGGCUCGACUUGUCGCGUGUGGAAACGAGCAGGUCUUUGGUAUCGACUACCAGCUCACCUUCGCGGCAGUCAUGGACAUGUCUACGGUGAAGGUGCUUUUGGCUCUGGCGGCGACGUGGGGCGUACCCGCUAAACACGGUGACAUACCGAAUGCGUAUGUGAAGGCGGACAAGGAGCCUAACCUCGAGAUACUGCUACAGGUUUCGCAAGUCAUGGAAGUCGACGACGCGACACUGAAGAAGCUAGGUGCGGCAAGUACGAAGGAGCUGGCACUCGAGCUUCGAAAGACUUUAUACGGCCUCAAGCAAGCCGGACGACUCUGGAGCCAGCUCCUGCAUGCGAAGCUAUGCAGCGCAGGAUUUACACAGUGUGUGGCAGACAUGUGUCUCUACUGGAAGCGUGACGGCAAGGAUACCGUCGUGGUUGGCGUCUACGUCGACGACCUGCUUGCAACUGGCACCGGAGCAGCUGCGGUAGAUCGGUUUUUUGCCAGUCUCGCGAGCCUGUCAAUCAAGGACCUUGGCCGUGUGAGUAAGUUUCUCGGUAUGAGAGUGGCGCUCGAUGGCGAAGGCGGCUACGUACUGGAUCAGGAGGAGGCGAUCAGCGACUUGCUGCAAGAACAUGGCCUCACAAACGCAAACUCGACACUUGCACCGAUCGGUGCCGACUGCUAUGAAGUGCAGCCGAUCGACAGCGUGCAACUUGAGGCCACGAGCACAAAUGGAGCACCUACAAUUAGAAACUUUCAGUCGCUCGUCGGAUCUCUGCUUUGGGUCGCGCGUUGUACGAGGCCCGACAUUGCGUUCGCCGUUCACAAGACGACGCGACAGACGCACCAACCGCGGCUUCACGAUUGGAAGCUCGCGAAGCGUGUGGCUCGCUACCUUAAGGGGACGAAGACGAUGAAGAUUAACAUGAAGCCAAGAGAUGUCAGGUGCGCGUCAACCAAGCUCGAGUCAUUUAGCGACGCCGACUUUGCCGCAGAUAAGAGCGACAGGAAGUCGUUGACCGGAGGCAUCGUCCUCCUCAACGGCAUGGCGAUCAGCUGGAGCGCCAAGAAACAAGGUGGAGUGUCCCUCUCGACAAUGGAAGCCGAGUUUGUGGCGGCGUCAGAGAUCGCUCGUGAGCUGCUGGGCGUGCGCGAGAUGCUUAUCGAGAUUGGAAUGGCACCAGAGCUACCGAUGUUGAUGCACGUCGACAAUCAAGCGGCAAUUCGACAGCUCGAGGGUGAGGCGUCAUCACUCAAGGCAAAGCACAUUGACGUGCGAGUCAAGUUUGUCUGCGACUUUGCUCGGCGCGGGAUCGUGCGUGCGCAGUAUGUGAGAUCGGAGCUAAUGCUCGCUGAUCUGCUCACGAAGGCACUUGACCCACACAAGCUGGCGACGAUGCGCACUUUGGUGCACCUCGGUUUGAACGGUAAGUCGUAG